UUUAUUUUAUUUUUCUUAAAACCUAGGCCAGGGUAGAGCAAGGGUUUUAGCGUGAGAAGCAGCGAUCUUCUCCUGGUUCGGAGACACGGCCAUGGCAACCGUUUCGCGCUUGUUCGUGAUCCCAGCGGCGAGGCCCGUUCUCGCCAAAACCAUAUUCUUCAUGUCCUCUUUCUCAGCUCGCACGCUCGAACCGUGCGAACCGUCACCUUCCCCUGCGCGCUCCGAGGAAGAAUCGCGAAACGUGAGGGUUUGGGCAUGGUGGGACUUCAAGAACUGCCACGUGCCCCCGGAUUUCGACGCUUCCAAAGUCGCACCGGCAAUAAUGGAGGCAGUGAGAGCAAACGGAAUCAAAGGACCUCUCAACAUCACCGCUUUCGGCGACGUUCAACAACUCCGCAGGGCUCAUCAGGAAGCACUCGCCUACACCGGCGUUCGCUUCAUCCACGUCUCUGACGAGGGAAGAAACAGUGCCGACAUUCUCGUUGAUCUAAUGUAUUGGGUUUCUCAGAACCCUCCGCCGGCGCACAUAUUUCUGAUAUCCGGCGAUAGAAACUUCGCUGGCACGUUACACCGCUUGAGAAUGAGUAAUUACAAUAUAUUGCUCGCUACGCCGGAGAAAACUCCCAGUGUUCUCCACAGUGCUGCCACGAUAGCCUGGAUGUGGGAUUCGUUGCUCAACGGAGAAAAUAUUACUGGAAAGGUCCUCAACCACCCUCCUGAUGGGCCUCUUGGCUCUUGGUAUGGAAACUACAAGGAACCGGUGACGGUGGCGGAUCUGGCGACGGAGGAACCGGUCACAGUUGCAGCUCUGCAGGCUUCCUCGUUGCCCAAUGUGGAGGUCUGCCCUUCUAGGAGCACGGUUCCUAAGUCGGUUUUGAGUAAGAUUUGCAAUAUUUUGAGUUUGCAUCCCGAAGGAAUGGAGGUUGCUCAUCUUUGCGCUGAGUUGAUGAAAAUUGAUGCGUGUUUGGAUAAGAAUUGGUAUGGACAUAAAAAGUUUUCCCGCUUUCUGUUGUCGUUGCCACAGGUAGAUCUUCGGUCUAUUGGUGAUGGUUCUCUUCGUGUACAUUUGGUUCCUGUGCAAUCCAUGGAACCAUGUAAGAUCAGCUCUUUGGAAUCAACAGUUUCUGAUGCUACGAAUGAGGAGAAACGAUGUGCAGCGGCACCAAAAGUAAAUGGCGAGGGUAAAAGUAAGGUUAGGGAUGCUGACAAGAAAUUGUCAAAUGCUACGAAUGAGGAGAAACGAUGUGCAGCGGCAUCAAAGGUAAAUGGCGAGGCUAAAAGUAAGGUUAGGGAUGCUGACAGGAAAUUGGCAAAUGCUACGAAUGAGGAGAAACGAUGUGCUGCGGCAUCAAAGGUAAAUGGCGAGGCUAAAAGUAAGGUUAGGGAUGCUGACAGGAAAUUGGCAAAUGCUACGAAUGAGGAGAAACGAUGUGCAGCGGCAUCAAAGGUAAAUGGCGAGGCUAAAAGUAAGGUUAGGGAUGCUGACAGGAAAUUGUCAAAUGCUGAAAGGAGUAUGUGGGACUAUUUAAAAUCAGUACAAUCGGGGUCUUCAAAAGGGAAACCUGUUGAGGAAAAUGAGUUGCGGAAGUCUGCUGUGGCUUGUGACAGGUUUGUGGAUGUGGCUAAUGCUCCACAGUCAGAAACUGAACUGCCACAUGAGGAUAGCAAAGAUUCCAAAACUAAGAUGGAUACCCUAAAAAAGAGUUCUAAAAAAUUGACUGAUAUGAACACUGUUAGGUCUAAAGUUGCUGGUAUGGAAAAACAUACUACUAAAGAUAAUCUCUCUGCUGGAAAUGAUCAAUCGAUGGUGGAAAACAAUGUUAUGGCUAAUUAUGAGUCUGGAAAUUUUGAAGCAAAGAAUGAAUGUGAGAAUCGAACUAGUAAGGAGGUUGACGAAGUUUUUCCAAGCCUAUCUACACCAAUUGAUUGCUCUGAGGCUGCCCAAAAGCCUGGCGGAAGCGCUGAAACUAAUAAAACAAGUCCAACACUGUUUCACUGGAUUAAACGGUGGUGGCCAUUUGGGAAAAACAAUGAAAAAUAUGAUGAUUUGACGGCUCAUCAAAGGGAAGGAGUUAGUCAUGUUGAGGAUUCCAAGUUAUCUGAACUGGAGCAGACUGUUAGUCAAUCUGAAGAGGUCAAAUCAUCUGAACUGGAUCACACUGUAACUCAAUCUGAAGAGCCCAAGCUACCAGAACCGAAUCAGAAUGCUGGUCAUUCCGGAAAGCCUGAGUUAAAAUAUGAUGAUUUGACGGCUCAUCAAAGGGAGGGAGUUAGUCAUGUUGAGGAUUCCAAGUUAUCUGAACUGGUGCAAACUGUUAGUCAAUCUGAAGAGGUCAAAUCAUCUGAACUGGAUCGCACUGUAAGUCAAUCUGAAGAGCCCAAGCUACCAGAACUGAAUCAGAAUGUUGGUCAUUCCGGAAAGCCUGAGUUAAUUUCCAGUGCUUCCUUUUGGAAUGAUAUGGAAUCUUUUAUGUUUGGACCCAAAGGAUCACUUCUUUUCUCCCAGUCAAGAAGCAGGGAGGAUGUGGCGCAAAGGUUACAAAAUGUAGGACCCCUGCUUCUCAGAUCACUCCCCAAAAAAGAUAUCCUUCAAUUGGUUGAUAUGUUAAUAGCAGACAAAAAAUGGUUGGAGGAAAGGCCGUCCCAAGCAUUUCCUUUUAAGCUAACUCAGCCAGUUCAUAAGAAUUUAUCGGUGGACCAAUCCCGUGGUGGCAAUGGUUUGAGAUCUAUCUUUCUACGCAGAUCAUCACAAUCUCUAGAACAUGAUGUGGGGAAACACAAUCAGAGUGUUCCUCAUACACCAAUUUCUGCAGCGGCUGUUGAAACAAAACAUUUUGAGAGAUCUAGAAAUGAUAUAUUGGAUGACUGCCAGAAACUUGUUAAUGAGAUAUUAAGGGAACACCCAGAGGGAUAUAAUAUUGGUGCUUUCCGAAGACUAUUUGUUGAUAAGUAUGGCUAUCAUCUUGAUUUACAGAAGCUUGGUUAUCAAAAAUUGGUAGCCUUGCUACAGAUAAUGCCUGGGGUUAAAUUUGAGUCUACUUACAUUUAUCCUUCUGUUCCUAUUGUAUGUGAUUCUGAUUUGGAUACUUCUAUCCUCAAAACUAAAGCAACCGCUGAUAGUCAUGCAGUCUCCAACUCAGAUAGCGAAUUAUCUGAGUCAACCCUGAAAGAUGAUGACAUGGAAUCUGAAUGGGAGGAGUUGGGUCCUGUUUCUAUCAAAAAUUUUGACAAGAGUGGUUUGGGUUAUGAACUUGUUGUAUCAGAUGACGAUACUUCUGCAUCUGAAGGAGACCACUCUUAUUUAACUCAAUCUGAAGAGCAGAGGAAAUCAAUUUGUAAUGAACGGGACAGUUCGUUUUGGCAAACUAUGGAUUUGUGGCACAGCUGCAAGGAAGGAGAGAAUGGUGUCAAGAAGUCAGAUAAUGUUGACAGCUUGAGUGUUUCUGUGGCUCAUAUUUUAAAUUCAUCCCCUGACCCAACCAUUGGUUCCCCUUCCAAAACAUCAAAUUACAGAGAUAAGCAAAGGUCUCACAAGAACUAUUCUUUCGUUGUUGAUCAAGUCUUACCUGACAAGGACAAGCUGAUUGGUGACUUCAAGAAAACUGAUGAGUCAAAGAUGCAAAAACAGAGUAGUUCCUGCUGCAAGUAGAACCCGAGUCUUAGACUUCCAUAAUAAGAAAUUUGGGAUUCCUGGUCUAAGAUUACAGACAGAACGAGAUGGUGGUACUAUUAUUCACGCGAAGGAAUUACUGUUUUAGCGGGCCAGGCCCUGACAUUUCAAUUGAGGAAGAUUCAGAUGGUUGCUAGCUGCAACUCCAGAAAUUCUUCCCAUUUUUACAUUUACUAUAUUGCGACUCUUUACAGUUGGAACAGUUGAGUUUUAUCUCACUAGAUAAUAGGAAAUUCUUGACUGCUGGAGCAUGUGAGUUUUGGUGUUUACGUGCUGUCCUGGCAGGUGAUAGUAGUACGGGAACAUUCAUAACACUCCUUCGAAUAAACAGAGCCAUCCCUUUUCUUUUCCUCCCCAUUUGGUUCUUGGGCCAUCGGCACUACCGCUGCUAUUCACUAGCUAACGAUGACCCCGUUUCUAAUUAUCAUGUGUAACCACGGUUAGUCUUUUGUUUUUAACCUAAAAGAUCUCGUUUAGUUUAAACAUUUUAAUAUAUGUGAAUUUUACAACUUUAACGUUGUA